CUCAUUCGAUCCACCAUGCUGGUCUCUCUGAUCCCCUCGCUCCCCUCUCCCUGGCUGGCCGCCAUGGUGACGGCCUUGGUGGUCCUCCUGGCGUGGAGGUGGCUGGCUCCGGACCCCCCCCAGCAGCAGGGACCCAUGCCCUGCCUGCCUCACCUCCCGCUGCUUGGCAGCCUGCCCUGGCUCCGAGCACACCUGCCCCCCCACCUGCUCUUCACACAGCUGUCCCACAGGUACGGUCCCCUCUACUCCUUCUACCUGGGCCCUCACUACACGGUGGUGAUCAACAGCCUCCCCCACGUCAAAGAGGUUCUGCUGCAGAGAGGAAAGGACUUCGCCGGCCGCCCCUUCAUGGUGACCACAGACCUUCUGACCAGAGGAGGAAAGGACAUUGCCUUCUCAGACUUCUCCCCCCUCUGGAAGAGCCACCGCCGGCUGGUCCACUCCUCCUUCACACUGUUCGGGGAAGGGACUCACAAGCUGCAGGACAUAGUCCUCUCUGCAGUGGACAGUCUGUGUGAUGAGCUCCAGGGCAGCGGCGGGGCCGCGGUGGACCCGGGCCCCGCGGUGUCCAGGGCGGUCACCAACGUGGUGUGCACCCUGGUGUUCAGCUCCACCUACGGCCGCCACGACCCCGAGCUGGCCCAGGUGAUGGACUACAACAACGGCAUCGUGGAGACCAUCGCUGGGGGCGGGCUGCUGGACAUCUAUCCCUGGUUGAAGUUGUUUCCUAGCGAGGUGCUGAGAAAGUUGAGGGAGUGUAUCUCUGUCAGAGACCGACUCCUGACCCGCAAGCUAGAGGAGCACAAGGCCUCCAUGAUGGAGGGUGCCCCCCGUGACCUCCUGGACGCCCUGAUGCAGGCUCAGCGACCCCAGGGUCAGAGGUCAGCCCAGCAGGAAGGGGAGGGGCUUACAGACGACCAUGUCCUGAUGAUCGCCGCCGAGACCUUCGGGGCUGGGGUGGAGACCACCUCCACCACAUUGCUAUGGAUACUAGCCUAUCUGGUGCACCACCCUCAGGUGCAGGAGCGUGUGCAGAAGGAGCUGGACGAGGUGGUGGGGCGGGGGAGGGGGGUGUGUGUGUCGGACCGCCCCCACCUCCCCUACCUGGACAGUGUGACCAACGAGGGGCUGAGGAUCCGACCUGUCAGCCCCGUACUCAUCCCACACACUGCUCUGAGGGACAGCAGUAUCGGGGGUCACUUUAUCAAGUGUGGGACGCGAGUUUUGGUAAACAUGUGGGCGAUCCACCACGACCCCAAACACUGGGAGCAACCGGACCUCUUCAAACCAGAGCGUUUCCUUGACGACAAGGGUUGCCGUGUGACUCCGCCCUCUUUCCUGCCCUUCGGAGCGGGGCCUCGGGUGUGUGUCGGCGAAUCGUUGGCAAGGAUGGAGCUCUUCCUCUUCCUGUCCUCUCUGCUCCAGCGAAUGAGCUUUCGGCUCCCAGACGGAGCCCCGCCCCCCGACCUGCAGGGCAGGGUGGGCGUGGUCCUACAGCCGCUUCCUUUUAAGGUGCUGGUCAUCCCGAGAGAAAAGGGUCAAACCUGAUGCAGCUGUUGGAGACUCUUGUUGUAAUAUACUAAAUGCAUUUUCCCGAAUUUGCAAUGGAGAGGCUUUUACUUUGAAAAUCUUCCAAGCAGCUACCAAUUUUAUGUGGGAGAUUAUCAUGAAAGUGCUAACAGAGAGAGAACUACACAACCCGUCGUUAGAUAUUUAGCAAUUUAUAUUUUUAGAGUGUUACACAUUGGUAAUAAACUUUAAAUCAAAAUAGUACACAA